AUGUUGACGCAUCAACUCAAACAAAAUCUCUUCAACAGCCAGUACAAUCAAAAACCUUUGCCGUCAUAUAAUUGGACUAAACCAGAAGAAAGCGAAGUUUAUGAUCAAUCAAUAAACUAUCCUGUUCGAUACCAGUGUCCAUCACAAAUACCGACUAAAAAUGUAUCUUCAACAGCUCACACUAUUCCUUCUAUUAAUGAAAAUGCGCGUCUUUGUCUUGUUCCUUGUCCUGAAUCGAUUCAAGAUGUUUAUCUACCGUUGUCGCUAGUGCAUCGUCCACCUCCAAACCCUCAAAGUUUGUGUGCUGUAUGUUGUUGUGUACCAGGAAAAUCGCUUAUUAAGAAAAUUGUUUAUAAACAAAUAGAAGAAGAUAACCAAUAUGAAAAUCAAUCAUACAUUGAUUAUCGAUUAGUUAUUGAUCAACUUGCAACACAUGUUUCCGUUCGAUAUGGAAAUAAUAUUAUAGAAGAAGCAGGAGCAUCUGUUUGUGUUGAUUAUAAUGAACAAUUACGUAUUCUUGAUUUUCCUGUUUACAUAUCCGGAGAAGAACAUAUCAACAGUAUUGAGCCAUUGGUAUCAAGAUAUUGA